UGGUUUUCACUGUCUCAACUCUAUCUGCCUUUCACCUUUAACCCUGAGACCAAAACCAAACCCUCCCUUUAUAUAUCAUCUCCAUCUCCUUCAUAAUCACAAUCAUCUACAGAGAUAGUUUUCGCUUUCAUAUCUCUGUGAUGCCUAAAAGAACCAUAAAAAACAGUGCCUGUUAGCCACUGUUGCACUGUUUUUUAUUUCCCUCUGUUUCUGUGUGUUCGUCCUUGGGGAUGCGUAACUUUCUUGUUUUGGGUGAUAACCAGAUCGAGUUUUGACUUGUUUAAGUGGUUUAUGAAAUACGCAUCUCUAGUUUGUGUUGAGUCCUCUGUUUGGAAGGUGUAAAAGGUUGUGUUUUUGAAUGGGGAUUGGGACGACUUUGGUUGAUUUGAAAGGAAAAGAGUUGAGUGAAUUGCCUUCGGUUGCUGAUAAUUCGAAGAAUAACAGCAACACUCAUUCGAAUUCAGUUGCGAGUACUACUAAGAAUAACAAUUCAAAGAAGAACCGGCGACGACAGAAGAAGAUGUUACCUGUUCAGAAGCUUUAUGACACUUGCAAGGAUGUGUUUGCCUUUGGUGGGCCCGGGAUUGUUCCCUCUCCCGAGAAAAUCGAACGCCUACGUUCUGUUUUAGAUGACAUUAAGCCAGAGGAUGUUGGCCUGAAUCCGGAUAAGCCAUAUGUCGGGAAAUCAGUGGCCCGUAGAACUCCUGCUAUAACAUACUUGCACCUUCACGAAUGUGACAAAUUUUCUAUGGGGAUCUUUUGCUUGCCACCAAAUGGUGUCAUUCCUCUUCAUAACCACCCUGGAAUGACUGUUUUCAGCAAGCUUCUCUUUGGGACAAUGCAUAUCAAAUCAUACGACUGGGUGGAUGAUGUUCCUUGCAACACAUCUUCUAUCACGAAUCCCUCAGAAACAGUUCAGCAUGCUGGAGUGCAGUUGGCAAAGGUUAAGGUCGAUUCUGACUUUACUGCUCCUUGCAACACCUCAAUUCUCUAUCCUGCUGAUGGAGGCAACAUGCACUGCUUCACCGCAGUGACAGCCUGUGCAGUGCUGGAUGUUCUUGGCCCUCCAUACUCAGAUGUUGAUGGCAGGCACUGCACAUACUACUUAGACAUUCCAUUCACAGAGUUUUCGGCUGAUGGUGUAUCUAUGCCUGAAGAGGAAAAACAAGGUUAUGCAUUGCUUCAAGAGAGGGAGAAACCUGAAGACUUGGUUGUAGAUGGAGCACCAUACAGAGGUCCAGUGAUAGUGAAGAAGUGAUGUUGGCUGUCUACAUCAUCUUUCGUUCCAAGUUGUUAAUGGCUGCUUCCAGUUCUAUGCAGCAUUAGAACUUUACUGUCAUUUUCUCUUUCUGAGUUUGUUUCUUCUUUUUCAGUUUUUUCCUUUUCUUUUUUUCAUUUGGUGGGUCAUGAAGCACUUAGUGGUGCUUUUUCAUUCUACAUCUGUACAUAAAAGGAGAGAAAAAAAAAACACAAAAAGAAAAAUCUUGGAACUUCUAAGUGUGCACUGGAAGAAGUAUCUCAAUUAAUGAGUAAAUGUUAAAGGUGCACUUGUUUCUUUUUGUA